AUGGCGACCGGACCUGCAGUAAGUUCAGCUCUAGAGACGAUCAGCAGACAUCAUCUUGAGUGCUGCAUCUGUCAAGAGAGAUACCAACAGCCCAAGAUAUUAGAAUGCCUGCAUAGCUUCUGUGAGCAAUGUCUGCUGAAAUACUGCAGCACGAAGCACGAGGGCUAUACAGCAAUUCCUUGCCCUGUGUGUCGGCAGGAGACGAAACUUCCCGAGUCUGGGGUAAAUGGUCUGAAAACCAACUUUUAUCUGAUUGGUCUGGUUGAGGAGUUUGAACUGCAGGAAAGGGUGGUGUGUUCGGGUGACACAAAGCUGCUCUGCGAGACAUGUGAUGAUGGCAAUGAGGCAACACAUCGGUGUCUGGAUUGUUCACUUAAUAUCUGCUCACGAUGUCACAGUUCACACAAACGAGUUCCUGUAACAUCAAGCCACGUAAUAGCUCCUUUGGACGACGUUCGUGAGGGAAAGGUGAAACUGAAGAAGAAAAACCCAAGACAACAUCCAAAAUGUCCAGUACAUGAGGGCGAAGUGGCAAGGUUCUUCUGCAAGACAUGUGAUACUUUGAUCUGCCGAGAUUGUACCGUCAUUGACCACUGUAAGCCAGAACACUCGUACAUUGACAGAAAUCUGGCCACAUCGAAGUGCAAGCAAUCGUUGGCUGAACUGGUCUCUCCACUUGAAAACACAAUGACAGAACUCCAGAAAUCACGAGAAAAAGUCUCAAGAAUAAAAGAAGAUUUGGGAGUCACAGUUAAGAGGGCCAUGACAGAAGUGCAGGACAGAGCAGCUGAGAUACGAGCAGAGGUAACGGUGCAAGAAAAUCGCAUCCUGGAUGACAUUAAAAACAUCCAAACAGAUCGUGAACAAACACUCGACGAAUAUGAGAAAACUAUGGGCUUUGAAGCGGAGAGAUUUCAGCAUUCACUAGACACAGCAAGAGAGGUGACAAGGACUGCAUCGGAUAGUGACUUUCUCUCACUCUAUCCAACAAUCAGCAAAGACUUGAAAUUGUUGGCAGAACAGAGUACACAAUGUAUGCCUGGAGUUGACAACAGGCUCGCAUUUCUCAAGUUCAAGCAGAGUGAGGGUGUUGGUGGCAUCAGUCUGGGUGAGGUGGUGACGGAAGACAAAUGGGAACUGUGUCGGGAGUUUGGUAGAAAUGGAAGAGGUCCAGGAGAGUUCGAUGGGGCUUGGGACAUAGCUGCUCGUCAACCUGAUGAGAUUGCAGUGACUGACUAUGGCAACAAACGAGUUGUGAUCUGCAGCAUCGAUGGCAACCAGAAAAGCACGAUCCCGAUGCAAGGAUGUCCACGCGGCAUCGCAGCGAAACGCAGCGACAAUCGUCUGGUGGUUGUUGAGCAAAGCGCAUCCCAGGUGAAGGUGUUCAACAGCGACAACACGCUGGCAUACGAGUUCCCAACGGUGCCGCCGAGUGAGGUUGGUAAGACCGCGAUUGGCCUCCAUAGCGUAGCUGUCAAGAAUGAUGGUACCAUUGCAGUGGGAGAUGUGGCGAGGAUGGUAUUGACAGUGCACAGCCCCACUGAUGGUGAGCUCCUUCAUACCAUACCAGUCAAGAUUAAACCUUAUUUUCUGGCUUUUGACAGCAAUGAUCGAGCGAUAAUAAGUGACAAUACAUCAGAGACAGUGGAUAUUGCCGGUGGCAAUGGUACUACAAAACGCACCUUCAAACCCACCAUCAAUGGUCAACCAGUAUGUAACUGCUACGGUGUAUGCACUGAUAGCUCAGGUAUCUAUGUUGCAAUGUCGAAUGGUUUGAACACGGGUCAUAUCCACCACUAUGACCCUCAAGGUGGCUUCCUUCAGUGCAUCGCACAGGGUCUGUACCAACCGCGGGGUAUCACAUUCACAUCUGGUGGGCAGCUGGCAGUGGCUGACUGGACCUCAGUCAAAAUGCAUCACCAGGUGUGAUACAACAUUGUAAUCAGUCAUGUCAAUUUCUCAUCAUUUGAGGCAUGUUGAUAGAAAAAGUAAAGAGCAGUCCUAUCACAACAAUGAAUUAAAAGUUUUAGAAUAUUGGUACAUCACGUAUUAUACAAAAAAAACGUGUACGGUAUUGGAUUGCAUGUGUUACCAGUAUUAUUUUGACUUUCUGAUCAAUCGGUCGAUUUUGUCCACAAAAGUGGGCGGUUGUCUUAAUUUCGUCAAGUAUAAUUAUUAUGAGUCACCUUUGCAGUUCAUUCAAAAGAAAAAAAGAUAAGAUAAAAAAUUUACAUUGAAUCAAAUCCGGUGAUCAUUUUGAAAAAGCUUUAAGAAUCAAAUUGAAGAAGGAAAACCCUA